GUAUAACGCACGUUUUCAAACUGAACAACCGGGCAAGUAACCUUGAAACGACGUAAAUAACAUUGCUCCUUUACUAGUAGUUUAAUAUUUAUAAACAAUGACACUCAAUAAUUCGUGGCAUGUGAUCAAAACUGCCGCUGCAGAGAAUAAACACGAAUUAGUGUUGUCAGGUUCGGCAAUUUCUGAAUUGAUUCAAAAAAGAGGGUUUGAUAAUUCUUUGUUUAACCUACAGCACUUAAAUUAUUUGAAUAUCACGCUGACAUGCUUACAAGAAGUGCCAGAGGAAAUAGGAAAGUUACAAAAUCUGACAACUCUAGUAUUGCAUUCGAACGAGAUAUCAAAGAUACCUAAUACAAUCGAGAAAUUAGGAAAAUUAAAAGUUCUCGAUUGCUCUAGGAACAAAUUGACGUCUUUGCCGGAUGAAAUCGGUAAACUUCCGCAAUUAACAACUAUGAACUUCAGUUCCAAUCUUCUGAGAUCCUUACCUACGCAAAUUGGAAAUAUUAAGUUAACUAUCUUGAACCUUUCGAACAAUCAGUUUGAAGCCUUUCCUGAUGUAUGCUAUCCAGAGUUGAUUCAUCUCACUGAAAUCUAUGUUAAUGGAAAUCAAAUAAAAGAAAUUCCUGUAACUAUAAAUCAACUUGCUUCCUUAAAAAUAAUAAAUGUUGCGGACAAUCUGAUAUCAGUCAUUCCGGGGGAAGUAGCUGACUGUAAUAAGUUAAAGGAACUGUAUUUAAAAGGAAAUACAUUGACGGACAAAAGAUUAUCAAAGUUAGUUGACCAGUGCCAUAAUAAGCAAAUAAUAGAAUAUGUCAAGUUACAUUGCCCUAGACAAGAUGGUUCUGUUGCUUUAAAUGCCAAAUCAAAGAAAGGGAAGAAAGUACAAAAAUUAUCAGAAACUGAAAAUAAUGCUAACAUAAUGGAAAUUUUAACACAUAAAUUGAAAGUAUUAAAAGUAACAAAUGAUACACCAUUAAUUAAGAUUACAAAAUAUGUGAAAAAUAUUAGACCCUAUAUCGCAGCUUGUAUUGUUAGAAAUAUAAGCUUCACAGAGGAUACUUUCAAGAAAUUUAUCCAACUUCAAACUAAAUUACAUGAUGGUAUAUGUGAAAGAAGAAACGCAGCUACUAUUGCUACACAUGAUUUAAAAUUAAUUACCCCUGGAGAUUUAAUGUACACAGCAAAACCACCAAAUGAAUUAGAAAUCAAGCCACUAAUGCGUAAUAAGGUUUACACUGGUUCUGCAUUGUUUCAACAGUUACAAACUGAAGCUGAUAAUUUAAGAAAAGAAAAGAAACGCAAUGUAUAUUCUGGCAUUCACAAGUAUCUUUAUCUAUUAGAAGGUAAACCUAUGUUUCCCUGUUUAUUAGAUGCUUCAGAACAGGUUAUAUCGUUCCCACCAAUAACAAAUAGCGAUAUUACAAAAAUGUCAGUAAAUACUCAAGAGAUGUUAAUAGAAGUAACCAGUGCUUUAUCAUAUCAGAUCUGCAGAAAUGUAUUAGAUCAGUUUUUAAAGGAACUAAUCACCCUUGGCUUGGGAUGUCUCUCAGAACAAGAAAAUGCUUCAAACUAUAAUAAAUUAUUCGUAGUACAAGUAAAAGUGGUAGAUAUGGAAGGUAAUAUGAAACUGCUAUAUCCUUCAAGAGCAGAUCUCAAUUUUGCAGAAAAUUUCAUAACUGUAUUGCGUGAAUAAUAAAUACUGUAAGCAAUUUAA